CCAUAAACAACUGACUCCACUGAUGUAUCUAGUAGCGGAGACAUUCAUUUCUUCACUUUGGGGGAGCGCACCGUGAGUUACAAAGGCUGGCUAGGAAGACCAAAGGGAGUCAAAAAGGACAAAGAACAAAGAACCAUGACUGUGAAGAAGAGGAAAGGGUUGUGUGACUAGAGGCACAAGCAGGCAGGAUAGAAAGGACCGCAUGGUGGGUGGAGCAGGGUGCUAUUGGGUGGGUUUGAGGGCCUUCCUCUUUCAUUAUCUGUAAAAUGGGUUGAUGGAAUCAGUAAGGCACUUCAUGGAGGUCUGUGCAAAAGGCCGGUGGCCUGCUCAACAGAGGGAGCCUUCAGUGUGAGGCCAGGGUCUCUUAUAGACUCGUACUAGUACCCACUUUCUUCCCUGAACACCAUAGACAUCCUGAGGUAUCCUCUGAUCAUCUUUGUGGUGGGGGGGCCUGGCUGCGGGAAAGGGACCCAGUGCAGAAACAUGGCUAUGAAAUACGGCUUCUACCACGUGGAGCUGGGCCAGCUGCUGCGGGAGGAGGCUCAGAGAAGCACCCAGAGGGGCCGGCAGAUCCGGGACAUCAUGCAGCAGGGACUCCUGGUACCCACGGGUCUCAUUCUGGACAUGGUCAGUGACAACUUGUUGUCUUAUCCAAAGAGCCGCGGCUUUCUCGUCGAUGGCUUCCCCAGAGAGCUGAAACAGGCCAAAGAGUUUGAGCGGAUUGUGGGCAGGGCCCCCAACAUAGUCAUAGUGUUUGACUGCUCCAUGGAGACCAUGGUGCGCAGAGUGCUACGACGAGGACAGGUGGAGCACCGGGCAGAUGACUCAGAGCUGGCCAUCCGAAAGCGCCUAGAGACACACUACACCCUAUGUGAGCCCGUCCUGACCUUUUACCAGCAAAAGAACCUUCUGAGAAAUAUAUUAGCUGAAGGAGCCCCUGAAAGCAUCUUCGCCAAGUGCUGUUCAGUCAUUGAGAGUCUGCAGUGAGCUAGGUAGGACUGGGCCAACAUCUCGCCUACCCUUCUCCACAGCAGA